AUGUCGUCCAACCGACGAAUCCCCCUCCUUCUCACCAUCAUGGCCCUCACCAGCGCAUCUCUUGCCGCCCCCACACAACCUGACCCUACACCCCAACUAGAAGACCUCCAAUGCCGCUGCCUCACCUUCUCCACCAGCCGCACCCCAACCCCAUGUUCCUACCAAGAGCUCCUAACCCUCGACUGGGAAGCCGCCUUCUCCCUCUCCAUCACCAACGCGCUGCCCAUCCAAUUCGCCAGCCAAACCACCAUGGACACCUUACUCGCCAUUCCCAAGCCCCUCCCGCUUAACCUGCUGCAGAGUAUGCAUGAGGGAGGGGAGAGUUGUCUGUUCUUCUCGAGGACUGGAGCUAUCAUGCUGGAGGGCGAUGAAAAGGCUCUAAGAGCCGAGUUCGACGCUCUGACUGCUGAGGUCGAGGCCCUGACCGCUGAAGUCAAGGCUGAGACGAGGAGAUUGCCUACCGAUUACUCUUGA